AUGUCGACGAGCUUAAUAUCCUUGCAAGGCCGAAUAUUGCUGCACAGCAAGUUGACCGCCACUUGCGUCUGCGAGAUCCCCCGAAUAUUCCUGAACACCACAUUCUCCACUUGCACGGCCGAACUCACGCCCUCCAUGCAGUUGGAGUGCGGGCAGUACUGCUGGUCGAUGACGAUCGGGUUUUUCACGUACCUCAUGACGAUAUCCUCGAACGUGAUGCCGGACGCCAGGCUGGACUGUGACGGGGCCCACGUCUUGAUGCGGACCCCGUUUUCCGUUCCCGCGAAGGAGCAGUUGGAGACGCGGACUCCGAGGACGUACUCGUUUUGGGGGCCUUUGCCGAGGCUGCCGACGCUGAUGCCGUGGCCGGGGCCGCAGGAGACGAAGGAGAUGUCGACGUCGCGGGUGCCGGAGACCAUGGAUAUGCAGUCGUCGCCGGUGCUGAUUCGGGAGUUGGAGAUGCGGAUGGAGUUGGAGGAGCCGAUGCGGAUGCCGUCCGUGUUGGGGCUGUCGGCUGGGGCCGUGAUUCGGAGCUGGGUGAGGUUGACGUUGGUGCAGGCGAAAAGGUUGAUGUGGGGCCAAGCAGCCGGGCCUUCUCCGUCCAGGUACCCGCCGCCGGCCACCGUCAAUCGGUUGAUAUACCGGAAACCUAUCCACGUGUCGGUAAUGAACUUGCUGGGUUCCGUCGGGGCCCGCAGGGUCCCUUUGUUCAGAAAAGCAAUGGGCCCGUUACACGGCCCGGAAAACGUCACCGACCCCACCAAAUACACCCCGCGUGGAAUCCAAACGCCGCUCUUCCCACGGUACGCGCACGCGUCCUGCCACGCCCUAAGAAAUGCCUGA